AAUAGUUUGGACAAGAAGAGAAUAGAAGCUUUCGAAAUGUGGUGCUACAGAAGAAUGCUGAAGAUUAGAUGGGUAGAUCACAUAACUAAUGAGGAAGUAUUGAAUAGGAUUGGGGAGAAGAGAAGUUUGUGGCACAACUUGACCAGAAGAAGGGAUCGGCUGGUAGGACAUGUUCUGAGGCAUCAAGGGAUCACCAAUUUAGUAUUGGAGGGCAGCGUGGAGGGUAAAAAUCGUAGGGGGAGACCAAGAGAUGAAUACACUUAGCAGAUUCAGAAGGAUGUAGGUUGCAGUAGGUACUGGGAGAUGAAGAAGCUUGCACAGGAUAGAGUAGCAUGGAGAGCUGCAUCAAACCAGUCUCAGGACUGAAGACCACAACAACAACAACAAGUUCUAAUUUAUUAUCUCUAAAAGCAAGCAUUCCAGUAGAAUUUUGUAGAAAACCCCGAGGUCUUGAUGAAGUGAAAAGAUGGAAAGCUACAGAAUUUAGGCAGUUUUUGCUUUAUACUGGACCACUUGUUUUGUACGAUAUUUUGUUGCCUGAACAGAAAGAAAUUUAUAACAACUUUUUAUCUCUCCAUAUUGCUAUGACCCUACUCCUCAGCAAAAAAUUUUGUUAUCAACACCAGGAAUAUGCCAAAGGUCUUCUUCUUCAUUUUGUACAAACUUUUCAAUCAUUAUAUGGGCAGAAGUAUAUAACACACAAUUUUCAUUGACUGAUUCAUAUUGCUGAUGAUAUAUCAGUAUUUGGCCCUUUAGAUGGAUGCAGUGCCUUUAAAUUUGAAAUUUUUUUAUUUUCUCUGAAGAAAUGUGUUAGAAAAGGAAAUAAACCUUUGCAGCAAGUUGUGAAACGUUUAGCUGAAAUUUCUAACUCCACCAUUAGUCCAGUCAGUGACAAUGAAGUCAAUAAACUUUAUCCAAUUUUCGAAUGUCAAUAUUAUUCUGGACCUGUUUUUGAUGGUUGUAAUCCUGAUCAGCAGUACAACACAGCAAAAUUUCAAAAUUUUAAAAUAACUACAUCAACUCCAAACUCAUGCUGUAUGAUGAAUGAUGGAAGUAUUGUUAUUGUUGAAAACUUCAUCUAUUCCAAUUCCUUGUGUACAAUGGUCAUUCUUUGUAAACAGUUUAUGACUGUUUGUGAUUUUUUUGGACUCCCUUUUUGUAAAAGUUCAGAUUUUAAUAUUACUGUUGUACGAAAUAUGUCUGAUGUACAAAUAAGGCCAGUCUCUGACAUUAAGGAGAAACUGGUGCUUUUAACACUAGGCAGUAAAAAUGUAACACUACCUCUGCUGCAUACAUAAGAGUGGACUAAUACAAGUGAUAAACAAUUCAGUUCUACAGGAUUUUCUGAAAAAUUAUCAGGAAACAAACUAAAAACUUUGGGAAACAUCCAGAGUUUUAUUCAUCCACAAAUUUAUCCAGAAAAUGGAGCUGACAAAUGAAAAAUACAAAUUUGCCAUAGUAAAAUUUCCUGAAGAAGAUGAUGCUCUAGGAAUAAUAGCCUUAUGCUGGAUUCAAAAUGAUGGGACCACAUGUUUAUACCCACCUGUGACCACUGAUAGCAAAAGAAAUAAAUUAUUGAGGGAAGAAGCCUUACCAUUACAAUCCUGGAGUUCUCAUAAGAUAUCUUUAAUGAAAAAAUAUGCAACAUACAACGAUGCAAGAGAGCAUCUUCGAAAAGCUGAAGAAACAUCAAACCUCGAAAGUGAAGAAGAAAUUGGGGUGAAGAGAAAAAGGAAGGCAAAAGACAUAACGUUACCAGGAGAAGAAUCGAGCGAUGAAGAUUACAUGCCGAAGAAAAAAUGUAAGACCAACCGUGUCACAGUUCAUCCGUAUCCAUCUCUUGAUUCUUUUACAGCUUCAUUCUCAUCCUCACCAUCUACUGGUAUGGAAGCUCGUGAAAUGUGGUCUUCCAUCCCUCCAAAUUCAUUAACUCCUAGGCCUAGUUCAUUCUCCAAUGCCAAAAUUCCUCCAGCACCACUUGCUUCAGCACACUGCCCAAGAAAAGAAAAAUCUGCACCACUGGGUGACGUUACUUGCAACCCUUGGGGGUAAAGAUGCAAAAUUGUUAAUGUUCAAUUGUAUGAAACGAUGCCUGAUGUCAGAGAUAGGAAUGAAGUUUUCAUAUACAGGAAGGCCUCCAAAAGUCAAGACAAAAGAAAGGAAAAGAGCUUUCUGUCAACCUUGCUUUGUGCAGCAAUUCAAAGACCAUUAUACCGG